GUUGGUGUGUAAAACAGUGUCCGGAUUUACGUACGGUUGCGGUAAAAAAUUUAUUUUUUUCUAUAAAAUGGUUCAUCUCGUUGUCAUUCGUUGACAUUUUUAUUUUUUUGCAGUCAGGGAUUAUUCAAAAAUUUCAGCCGUACCUAUAAAGACGCAACACAAGUACAAUAGCGUUGACAUGCAUAUUCAAAACGCGAUCCCGCCACCUCAUCUUCGUUGAUACCAUGCGCACCUUAUUAUUUUCCUCUUCCUUCCGGCCGCCGUUGCCACCGCUAUGUUGGCCGACGUUAUCGACAGGGUGAUACCUGGCCGACGGCGGUCGCAGUAUCUGCAUCAGGUAGACGUGGAACGAGCUCCGGUCAGACCGCCGCGGUCGUCUCCGUCGGUCGGACGGCCUCACAGUUAUCACGGCGGCAAUAGGGUCGACGUACAAGACGAAGGGCUGUUAAGAGCCAGUGGACGAAAGUUGGCCGCCAAAUUUUUGGCGUCCAAAACGGCAGUUGCAGACACCAUUGAGGCGGCCGCGGCUGCCGUAACCGCCCGAAAACCUCGGCCGCCGCAGCGUAGACGGCGGGCCGUUGAGUCGUCCAGUAACGGCGGUUUUUCGAACGUGUCGCACACUUGGCGCUUCAAACGUCUCAGUUGCAUCAGCCAUGACAGGACCUCGGGAAUCGAGCUGUCCAAACAAACGGAUAUGGCGGAAAACGACAGUGGCGACGGCGGCGCACCUGCUUCGGCCAAAACCGGGUCGAUCAAAGUCCACCUGCCCAAUAAUGGUUUCAAUAUUGUAAAGUUUAUCGACAACAUCAAUGUCAAGGGGAUCGUGUCACUGGUUACCGGCCGGCUGGCCAGCGGUUGUCUGCAGUAUCUGGGCGUAUACGGUCUGCGGCUGUACCAUCCGCUGUCUGGUGACGUCCACUGGCUACACCAAGACAGCACGAUGGCCGAGAUUUUCAACAAGUACGACGAACAGUACCCAAUUUCGGAGUGGAGGUUCGAAUUGCGCGUUCGGUACUCGCCCGACGAUCUGGAAGACUUGUACGAACGAGAUCGGUUCACAUACUUCUUUUACUACGACCAAGUGCGAUACGACUACUUGAGGAAUAGCGAACUGCCUCGAAUCGACGCCGAAUUAGCCGUACAAUUAUGUUGUCUGCAGAUUAGGUGUUUCUUCAGAGAAGUGCCGCAAAUGUCUCUGGAAAAAAAAUCCAACUUGGAGUACUUGGAGCGUGAGAUUGGGCUCAACAAGUUUCUACCGUACUACAUACUCGAGUCGAUCAAACCAAAGAACCUCCGAAAGAUGAUCCAACAUCAGUACAAAAAAAUUUCACAGGUUCCAGAAAAGGAUUGCGUGAUACAGUUCCUCAGUCUGGUUUGGUCGUUUUACAAGUACGACCAGGAAAUAUUUAAAUGUUCCAUUGGGUCUGGUUGGACCAUACCGGUGGACUUAGUCAUAGGACCGCGACACGGCAUUUCGUACGUCAAUAGCCAGGGAACGACGCCCACCAAAAUGGCAGAUUUUGCCAACAUCGAAAACAUACAGACCUUAGUGUCCGAAUGUGAAACCCACCAAAAAGCCCUAGUGCAGUUGAGAGUUGCCAAUUCCACUGAUCCACUUGUGCUAAGUUGUUCGACGUUAGAAUAUAUGUACAGUCUGGCAAACCUUAUCGACGGCUACUGUCAGUUGGUCAGAAAGUCUAGCGUUCCGUUAUGGAAUAAAAAAGCUGCUAUUUGGAAUCGUUUCCCGUGCCCUUGCGGCUCCAAAGAAUUAGGAAAAACUAAAGUGAAAGAUGGUCACUCGAAGUUUUCCGAAGAUUACCCCGAUGAUGGUCCACUGGAAGAAGAAGGAGACUAUUCGACUCUAGCAAAUUGUAAUUAUGAACUGUUUCGCGAUCAAAUUGAAUUAUGUGAAAUCAUUGGUGAAGGUCAGUUUGGUGAUGUUCACAAAGGUGUUUGUCAUAUGCGAACAACGAAAAAUAGUCCUACGAAUGCAAUUGCAGUGGCCAUUAAAACUUGCAAGUCUGAUGCCGAUGUAGCAACUACUGAUAAAUUUUUGGAAGAAGCUUACAUUAUGAAACAAUUUGAUCAUCCACACAUCAUACGUUUGAUAGGCGUAUGUUGUUCACCUCCUGUAUGGAUUGUCAUGGAACUUGCUAAACUUGGCGAACUUCGGGCUUACCUACAAAACAACCAAUCACGAUUAGACUUGGCCACUCUCAUUCAAUAUUCAUAUCAACUGUCUACUGCGCUAUCAUAUCUCGAAUCUAAAAAAUUUGUUCACAGAGAUAUUGCUGCUAGAAAUGUAUUAGUUUCUUCUCAUAACUGCGUUAAGUUGGCUGAUUUUGGAUUGUCUCGUUGGGUUCAAGAUCAAAGCUAUUACAAGGCUUCCAAAGGAAAACUACCUAUCAAAUGGAUGUCACCAGAAUCUAUUAAUUUCAGGCGCUUUACUACAGCUAGUGAUGUUUGGAUGUUUGGUGUAUGUAUGUGGGAAAUACUUAUGAUGGGUGUGAAACCAUUUCAAGGAAUCAAAAACAAUGAUGUUAUUGGUAAAAUAGAAAAUGGAGAAAGACUAGCCUUGCCACAACGCUGUCCUCCGAGAUUGUAUAGCCUCAUGUCUCAAUGUUGGUCAUUUGAGCCAAGCAAAAGGCCUACUUUUAAAGAUAUAAAAGAAGUUUUAAAUGAGAUAUUAAUUGAAGAAAAACAUCAACAAAAAGAAACUCUUAAAAGAGAAAAUCGUAGAGUACACACUCUAUCUUGGGGUUCAAGUGGAUCUCUAGAUGAUCCUUCUGCACCUCCUAAACCUUCACGACAACCUAGUAUUGACAACAAAUCAGACUUACCAGUUUCUACUUAUAUUGUUGCACAAAAUGCUGAAGUGUUAGCUCACCUUUUAAAAGAAAAUGAAUUGCGUGGUGUCAAUCCAUCAGUUUAUACAACGCCAGCUACUGGAUUCAACACAAUGACGGUAGAUUUUCUUCCUGAUUUAGAUGAUGACAAAACUAUUUCAGCUGGAAACAGUAUAUUAAGCAUGGAUUCUGUGGGACUCAUGUCAAUUGAUGGUGGUUCUGCUGCUGCUCCUAAUCAAACAUCUACUAAUAAGACAUUACCUAGGAAUUUCAUGCCAGGCGCAGCUUCACUAACAUUACAAAAUGCAAAUAAAAGACGUUGUUCAGAUGGAAAUCUGAAUACUUGUGCAGCUGGUGGCGGAACAAAUGAGGAUGCUAAUUAUUUUGGAAAUGGAAUUCAUGAAAAUGACAAUUUGUCAGAAGUUGAACAAUUAGAGCGUAGACUAAAACAACAACAGAUUGAAUCAGAAAAAGAUAGCAUUUGGUUAGCUGAAGAAGAAACUAAUCUUAAAAAGCGAUUAUCCCUUGUUGCUAGUCAAUCAGAUAAUGAAUCUAUUGAUGGUCGUUCAUCACUAACAUCUCCUUCCUCUCUUGAUCGCAGUACCAAGACAAGAACUACAGAUGAAAGAUCUAUUGUGAUUAAGAAACUCGAACCUACACCAACAGCAGAUUUAGAUCGAAGUAAUGAUAAAGUGUAUGAAUGCACCACACUAGUAGUAAAAGCAGUUAUGACCUUAUCUCAAGGAGUUCAGAAAAAUAAGGUCGAUAAAUACUUAGAACUAGUAAAAGAAGUUGGUCUUCAACUUCGAGCUUUAUUAACAAGUGUUGAUAACUUAGUGCCAUUUUUCCCAAAAAGUGCUCAUAAACAAGUAGAAAUGGCUCAUAAAGUACUCAGUAAGGAUAUGGCAGACCUAGUCAAUGCAAUGAAACUUGCACAAAAUUAUUGUCAUACAGCUGUAGAUCAUAUAUACAACAAGGAAAUGUUAUCUUCGGGUCAUGUACUUGCAAUGGAUGCCAAAAAUCUAUUGGAUGUUGUUGAUUCUGUUCGUAUUCAAUAUCCAGAAAUAGAGGCUUUAAUGAGUGGUCAACAAUUAUCGGUAUCUGCAAAAGAGCAAGUGCCUAGUGUAGUGGCAUCAUAGUUAUGCCUAAUAUGCAUUCCUACUUUUUUUCAUUGAUAAUUACAUUGUUUUAAUUGUUUUACAUAAUUUUAUUGACUGCUUUUUAUUUUAAUUUAAUUGAUCUAAUUUUACUAAAGCUGUAAAUAUUGUAUUAACAGAAUAUAUUUUAAUUUAUACUCUCAAUUUUUUAUAUUAAGUCAAAAAUCAUCAUAAUACCAUGUAACUUUUUAUUUUGGGUGAACAUGUGAAAAUAUUGUACCCAAGUUUUACUAGUCAUAUUUGUACAUUGGAAUAAUUAUUUUAUUAUUGUUAUCUACAUAGUUUAUAAUAUAUAACUGCCUAAAUAAAUAAGAUUGAAAAUUUAGUAAAUAAUUUAUAAAAGAGUAACUACUGAUUUAUUCCAUUAAUAAUUAUUUAUACUGAUUUUAAUAUAAAAAAAAUUA